CUUACCCUCGACAAACCAAAAAGAAGCAGGAAAAGGCCGGAACGUCUACGGGCCCCGCCCAUAUUUCUGUCAACGAACGUUGCUCAAAUUCCUUCCCAUCGAAUCUCCAGUUUCUCUCCCAGCGGACGAACUACGCGGCUUUGCUAGAAACUCACCUCAAUGGACCAGCAUCCCGCGAGAGGUCGGGAUGAGUCCGACGACGAUGCCCUACUUAAAGCUCUAGAGAACGAAGACGAUUCAUACUAUCGGGCGCAUCGAAUUGAACAGCUCAAUGCCGAGUUUGCCGCAGCUCAAAAUAAAGCGGCCCGCAGUACCGCUGCUCCUAUAGGAACUGUCGUCGAGGAUAGCCUCUAUCCAACCCUGAGAACCGAUCAGAUACUUCUGGACUUCACAACCCAAACCCAUCGAUGCGUCAUUCACUUCGCACAACCGGAUUUUGCGCGUUGUAGCACCAUGGACGAGCACAUCCGAGCGCUGGCUUCUCGGCACCACGAAGUGCGCUUUGCGCGGGUCGACGUGCGGGACACUCCGUUCGUCGUAGAGAAACUUAAGAUUCGCAUCCUUCCUUGCGUUAUCGGCUUCAAAGACGGGGUCGCCGUCGAACGUGUGGUGGGAUUUGAGGGCCUUGGAUCAGGUGGCCGCGAUGGAACCGACGGGUUCAGCACGAAAACACUGGAAAAACGGCUUAUUUGGAAAGGUAUUCUAAUUCAGGAAAAAUUGAAGGACAUGGGUGACGCCUCGGACCAGUCGGACGAAGGCAGCGACGACGGGACGGAUGGGCGACGAUAUGGAAGGCAACGUGCUAUUCGGAGUGGUAACGUACGUCAACGUCGGCUCGCUGACGGCGACGAUGACGACGAUGACGACUGGGAUUAGCAUUGGAUGCUUCACGAACUUGGGGUGGGAGCAUAGCGGCCAGCGCAUGAUGGCCAGGAAUUGGACGGAGCCAAUUCCCUCCACCUCAGCAGACAUGAUCGUGAAGACAAUGGGCCCUUGUAUGUUCACCAAACUUGGGUAUCUUACUCAACCACGCAUUGUGAUGCAAGUAUGCCUG